AUCAGUUUUUUCACAUUCUUCAGAGAGUUCGCAAUAGAAAACGUUGAAACGCGUAGCGGUAAUUAGAGAAAAUGUUUAUCAGACAAUUGAUUUGCCUUCUGGUAAUUGCGUUUUGCCUCCAACUUGGUAUAGCAAAAGUACUAAAGCCAAUGAAGCAACAAGAUGUUGGCGCGUGGAAUCAUCCCGUUGUAGGCACUAGCUUUGACUACGACUACGCAGCAGAAGCUCGGAGAUCGCCGCAACGCUAUCAAAAGUCCAGUCCAACCACAACUCAGCGACCAUUCAUACGCUACUGGAAUAAUUUCAUUCGAAAUAUACGCGUGCCCGUGCCCACGAUCAGUUGGAAUAUGACCAAUCCGUUGGUGAAUCUCUUCAACGCUGGCUACACGAAUGUCAUCGACACUCCAGUGGGAAACUAUGAUCAUCGAAACACGAAGCGUAAGCGCAGCAAGAAAACACACGACACGAAAUCAAAGCAUUCCAAGAAGCACAAAUAUACGCAAGCACAUGAUGACGAUGGAGAUACCUAUCAAGCAGUUAGCUAUAAUGGUUAUGCAGCGCCUUACACACACGACUACGAUCCACACAAGGUUGUUUACUUUUACGACCCGAGCACUGGUCAAUAUUACAAAAUGCAGACGCCAUACGGAAACAGUUACACUUUGUCUGAGCCGCAGAAACAGCAACUGGACGAUGCGGAGGAGGAAGAGGAAGAGCAAAUAGAUGAGUCAGUGGAGCAAGAGGAACCCGAAGUUGCACAAAUCGAGCCACCAACGACAGAAGCAGCUGUGGAAAGCAAUGAAACCGAAAAUGAAGAGACGCCUCAAGCAGGCGACGAGGAAGCUCUUAGCGAUGCUGAAGAAGUUUCUGGUGAAGUGGAGCUUAUACCAGCGGAUGUGGAAAAUUUCGAUGACUCCGAAGAGGUGCAAACACCAGCAAAACAGUUGGUGGCAGCAACUAAAAUGAAUAAGCCGAAGCAUAUUAAAAGUGUCGAAGAAUUGCGUAAUGCGAUUAGCGCUUACAUGUUGGAUGAUCGUUUCAAUAGAAUGCGGCAGCAGGCGAACACAGCGCAGAGAUACAAAAUGUUGCGUAAUAUAGUAAAAUCGCAGCCAAAGCAGAAAUUUACUCACUACAUAUUGCGAGAAGUUUAGUUACGUACAUGUUUAAUUAAA